AUGAAUGCCGGCAGCUUCUGGGGCACGUUCGACUUGCUGCUGGGACGGGAGGCGCGGAAACAUGGCGGUCAGGAUGCUCUCAAGGUUGGCCACUGGGUUUCGGCGUACGCCGGAAUGCGAAAGCUUGGACCGGGAGGAUGCGGCAGCGAUGGAUUCACCGCUUUAUCGCGUUCCGCUGCCGGUGGAGGAGGGUUUCCAUCGAUUUUCCGUCAGCAGUCGUUCGCUGCGACGACGACGACGGCGACGAUGCUCGGAGGCAAUCAGCUGAUCGGAACGGAGGAAAACAAUACGAUUGCUGCGGGGGAUGGAGACGGAGGGGGCAAAAGUCGCAGCAGCAAAAAGCUUCGACUGCUGAAACAGCAACAGCAAAAGGAGAAGCAGUUGUUGGAGCAAAUGGAAGUGCUGCCAGCGGAAUAUUCCGGGCCGAAAAUUGAGUAUACUGUGAACCUCCCACGCGUGACCGCUCAGCUGGAGAAACUGAUGGGGACCAACGUGGUGCGGCUGACGGACCGGAAGUAUAUGCAGGAUCUGCAGCGGCGCAUCCAGGAAGAUUACAAUGUCACCCUCGAGAAGCGCAUCCAGGAGCGGGAGGCCAAAGAACUGGACAGAGAACGCAACCUAAUCCUUUCGGGUGCUGGCGACUCCAUUCCCGAAGAAUUAAGUAGUGCAGUUUUUAACGUCAACAAGAAGACAAACCAACAAAUUUGUAGCAAACGUGAAAAGCUCAAAACCAUCCGGGAGAAAAAUGCCGAACGGCUGAUCAAGCAGGGGCUUCGCUGGGAGCGUGAACGGUUGCAAAUGGAGGACUACAACCGCCAGCAAGAGAUCGAACGUCGUUCACGACGGGAGGAGCUGCUCGAGAAGGAAAAGCUAUACAUGAUCGAAGACGAUGAAAGGGCUCUGAACUUGCUACGGUUAAAAACUAAAAAGGGACCCUGUCGUGAUAUGGAUUUAAGAGCUUUGCUCAUGCAGCAACGGAUAGAGUUGGGCCAGAAGAUUCAAAAACGAGAUUUCGAUACGAAUGACGAAAAACGAAUGGAGUCCGAUCGGAGCAAGGAAAAGAAGAAAAGGCGUCAUAAGAGAAAACCGAAGAAGUCGGUGGACGCCGUGGAGGGACAGCUUGCUUCACCGGAGGAAGGUUACAUUUCGAUGAAUCAGGGUGAAAUUCCUAGUGAUCUGGAAUCAUCGGUUAUGAUCAAAAUUGAUAAGGAUAGUAAAGAUUCCGGGGAUGAAUCGGAUGCGUUGGAUGAUGUAAGUACAACGGAAACAGCGGAGGGUGUGGGAGGUUCGGAAGCAGAGGAUGCCGAAGCAGCCGAAGCCGAAGCAAUGAAGGAAGAGAUGAAUAAGGUGCUGGAGAAGAAGAAAGUUAAGGCACGGAACGAGGAUCCGAAGAUCACCCGAUUGAAGGAAGCGGAUACUGUUGACGACAUCUACAAUAUUGCCGAUGAAAUUAUAGUGCUCGAGAAGAAGAAGGUUAAGAAAGGAUUUAAAUAAAUUACGCGAAGAUAGCAUCUAUCAAGUUGAAACUACAAAAAUAGAUUGUUGUACGCGACGCCUGUGGCGGUUAAAUUAUGAUGUGAUAAAAUUAGUAGAAUAUGAUCGAUGUAUUAACUAUGUAUUGUUGCAGAAGUUCUGAACUAGUGACCAUCACGUUGGUAAUGUUGAACCUAAAAAUAAUUUGAAAACGAAGAAAUACUGUAAAACAGAACUUUGAGUUACGUAGAAGACGGAAAAUAAAA